UAUUUCCGACAGAUAUUUAACGCAACACGAGUGGCUACUAUUUACUAUAGCUACUCAGCUGUAGACACCUCUACCAAAGAGAUUUGUUUCAGUUGAAGUAAUAAAGGCAACUAUUAAUUAGUUCAGCAUAAACGAAUGACUUAAACCAAACCAGUGAUGCGUUUGCUAUAUUGAAUUUCAAACGGACAUCAGAGUUAGUAUGCUAGGUAGCGUUAACCAGGCAGCUAGCUAACUGCUAAUAAGCACCGACUGUCCCUGAACCUUCCCUCCGAAAUGUCUUUGUUGUUUAAUCACUAGUUUGUCAAAAACAACCGGUUGACUCGAUAGCUUGCAACUUUCUAUUUGAAAAUGGACAAAUUUGUAGUGCGGCUUCCUAAGGGGGAAAAGCCCAAAACAUCGAAAAGCCCCGAAAAGGUUUACAGACAAACUACAAUUGAAUCGUUACGGAGGGUCGUUGUAAUUGAGGAUAUCAUGCGCCACAAGGCCAUCUUGGAGCUGCCAGAACAGAAUAAGGACAACCUGCUGACUGCCUUGACAGACCUGAGCAAGAAGAUCCCAUCCAGGGAGGUGCUGAAGUCCACUAAAAUAGGUCACACUGUUAACAAAAUGCGAAAGCAUCUGGAUCCGGAGGUGAGUUCAGUGGCAGCAAAGGUUUACAAUGACUGGAGGACAUUCAUUGAGGAGAAUUCCAAUAAGCCGUCUAUUGAAGUGCGCGCUGACAAACAAUCUGAAGGACUCAGGAGCAACGCUAGAAGACUCAUGUGUGAAGCCCUGGAGGUCAAGGAGGAUUCUGGUCUUAUAGACAACAUUGAGAGAGAGGUGUUUCAUCAGAGCUCCCGGCUGGUCAGCAGCUCAUACAGACGGACUGUUAGAGCCCUGGUGUUUGCCUUCAAACACAACCCUGAGAUCAGAACUCAAGUGAAGGACAACAAAUUACCAGUCAACCAACUGGUUUCUAAAUACAAGAAAUAACUAAUGAUCAGUUCGGCUGAGGUUCAGCCGAACCUUCUGGUUGUUUAAGUGAAAUUUCAUUUUAAAAGAUUUUUUUUUUAUUGUAUACACAUUUUUUUAAACAUCUUUUUUAUUAUUUUCUUGAUAAUGAAGAUAAAAAAAUAAAUUGUACAAUUUGUGGCACAUCA